AUGACCGAUCGGUUUGCGCGCACCGAUGGGUCUACCACGUCUCCCUGUGAUCUUGAAGAGGGACUCUAUUGUGGAGGAACAUGGAGAGGAACCAUCAAUCAUCUUGAUUAUAUCCAAGGAAUGGGAUUCGAUGCUGUCAUGAUCUCUCCGAUCAUCAAAAACAUCGACGGUCGGGUUUCUUAUGGCGAGGCAUACCAUGGAUACUGGCCGCUGGACAUAUAUGAUUUGAAUUCGCAUUUUGGAACAUCUCAAGACUUGCUAGACCUCAGCAAGGCUCUGCAUGCGCGUGGGAUGUACCUGAUGAUGGACACGGUCAUCAACAACAUGGCCUACAUGACCAAUGGUAGCGACCCUGCCACGCACAUCGACUACUCGGUCUUCACGCCGUUCAACAAUGCAGAUUAUUUCCAUCCCUACUGCAAGAUUGUGCAUUGGGAAGAUUUUACCGAGGCCCAGCUCUGUCAAACAGGAGAUAACGAGACGGCGCUGCCUGACCUGUUCACUGAACACAACGAUGUCCAGCUACUCCUGGAAAACUGGGCUACGGACACGAUUCAGAAGUAUUCUAUUGAUGGGCUUCGAAUUGAUGCCGCCAAGCACGUCAGUCCAGGAUUCUUGAAAAACUUUGGAGAUAAAGUUGGCGUGUAUGUCACUGGGGAGGUUCUUGAGCGCAACGUUAGCAUUGUUUGUGACUAUCAAAGCAAGUAUAUUGGGAGUAUGCCCAAUUACCCCAUCUACUACGCCAUGAUUGAUACGUUCACCACGGGCAAUAUUACCAAGCUUCCGAAUGCAGUGGAGGUGAUGAAACGCGCGUGCCCUGAUAUCACUGCAAUGGUCUCCUUCUCUGAAAACCAUGACCUCCAACGCAUCGCAAACUUCACAUCGGAUAUAUCGCUUGCGAAAAAUAUCAUAUCAUUCACACUUCUGUUUGAUGGCGUUCCGAUGCUCUAUCAAGGCCAAGAGCAACACUUGGAUGGAUCCGGCACCCCGUUCAAUCGUGAAGCAAUUUGGCUUACUGGGUACAACAAUGACACGGUCCUUUACAAACUCAUUGCGACGCUAAACGGGAUCCGGAAACAUGCCUAUCGCCUGGACCCGGAUUACGUUGACAUCCAGACGCAUUCCAUCUACACGGGCAGCAGUGAAGUGGCCUUCUCCAAGGGCGUCGAGGGACGUCAGGUCAUCAUGCUUCUAUCGAACCAAGGCACCCAAGGCAAGCCCUACAGCCUCAUGUUACCAGUCACCUACAAUGCCGGCACGGCCGUGACCGAAGUGUUGAAUUGCAAAACCUACUUGGUCAAUGAGAAAGGUGAACUCCACGUCGACAUGGAUAAAGGAGAGCCCCGAGUUCUGUUCCCAAGCAAGCUGCUAGAGGGCAGUGGGCUAUGCGGUUAUUCGUCAAGCAACAUUUCCUACGCCGAUAUCCGAACGGGUCGUGGAUCUGGAUCGUCGGCUUCGGGGGCCAGAAAUAAAGGAAGCGCUAACAUUAAGCAACCACUUUUGCUGACACUCGUGCUGAGCUUAAUGUUAUUAGGCCUAGUCUAA